UUUGGUGCAUUGUUUCAGGUGUGGUGAUGAAGUGAUGUGAACGUCUCUAUUUUCGCGUUGGAUGAGUCUUUUUGUAACUCUGUCGCAAUGGCAUCCGAUGAAGGGAAAUCUGAGCUUGCUAAGUACUUCACCGAUUCCGGCGAUGGUGGAGAGUUCGAUAAGCUGUUCGACGGAGGUCGUUCAGAGUUACCCACGAAAGUAGUAACGUUUGACGAAGCCCCUGAAGAUGAUGAACCCCUGGAAGCGUCUGAAGAUAGCCGUAGGUCCUCCUUGGGUCCUACGAGUCCCCUGGCCCGUUCAGCUGUAAUGAAAAGCUGUGUCGGCAAUAUGUCGGCCUUGGGUGCAGAGGAGGAGGAGGAGGCGGAAAAUGAAGAACCCGUAAAUGUCGUUUCACCCCAACUUUCAGUGACGACGGACGAACCUCCCGAUGAAAUCAGUUCGGAGAAUGAACCCAUUAGCUUUUGUGCUCAAGUCGCUGAGCAAGACAAGUCCUCUACCAGUGCAGAUACUGACCAUAAUGCUGAAGAAGUUCCGGUCGAAGUAGACGUUGUGUUGAGCGAACAACAAAUGCCAUUGCCAGAAAAACGCGCUUCAGAGCCAAAGAUAUUCAAAUUUCAAGACGCGGAAGGAGAGUCGAGUGUUUUCGAUGAAAUCGUGACCCAGGCUGUUCAGGGGUUAAAGAUUCAUGAAGAAGCACCAUUGCGAGGAUUGAGCAUGGAUUUAGGUGCUAACGUGAACUACAGUCGAUGCAGGGAUGCUUGGAUCCCUUGCAGUGCUACGAGAGAAGCUUUGGUAUUGAUGGCAACUUCUCCGAGAGGAACUUAUAUCCCGAAUAAAAGCCUUCUCACGAUGCCGGGGGUGCGGUACGAAGGUUUGACAGUAAAUCCUCUAAAAAGGACUGUUACGGAACAUCUCCCUGACUUCGAUCAUUCUGUUAUGGACCAAUUUUGCCCAACCGCCGACACUGUCACACAGGAUGAUCGUGGACUUGCUAUCCUCAUUGAACGUGGGUGUUACAAUGCCGCUGUUCUGUUAACCAGUCGAUUGCUGAAUAUGUAUGGACAAGGAGCUGGGAAACUGGGUCAACCGAGUCGACACACGACACAUUCUUUGCAGCUGUGGUUUAUCAGACUGAUGUGUCUGUCGAAGCUGCGGCUCUCCUUUGAAGCUCUGCGAGAGUUGGAAGCAUUCGGGGAUUUGGAUAAUCCGGAUUUGUACCUUGAAUGGAGCCCGGAUUUGAAUGGGGGUCGGAGAGGAUCCAUGGUGCCUUUUGGACUGAGGUUGCUUUCAGCUGUGGUGUUAUCAAAUGCUGGACGCGAUAAAGAAGCUUUGGAGCGUUUACAUCACUUCGAAGGAAUUGUCAAAAAGAUGUUGGCAAAUCUUGAAGCGGGAUUGAGAGAAGACGGCUCAAACCUUGAGAUAAAGGAAGCAGAACGGCAAUUCUCCAUUUCUUUAUGGCAGAAACGACGUUGUGAAGUGUUACGUACAGCCGUCAAUAUUUGUAUUUCAAACAAGGAUCUAAAACUCGCCGUACAAAGCCUUAAACGGUGGUCAGAGAUGGAAACAGAUCCGGACCAUAGAUCCAUUCUCGAAUCACUGUUCGGUCGAGUUUUCCUUCUAAUGGGUAUGAUUGAGAGGGCACAAGUUCAUUUCACGCGUGCCUGGCAGGCGACAUCGUCGCACUCUGGUCCGGAUAGCGCAGCAAAACGGAAAGCAUAUUUUUUGAUGGACUCUGCGCUAAUGGCCGUAGCCCAGAAUGCUCACGACGAUGCGUUUAAAAAUUUCGAGCAGUUGCGCUUUCUGUUUCCUGAAAACGUUUUGGUUCGGAAUAAUAUGGCCGUGUGCCGAGUAUACCAGGGCCGUGUGCGGGACGCGAUCUGCAUCUUGGAAAAUACAGUUAAAGAAUACCCUCAAUCUGCUUUGAACGAAGGAUUGGUUUUCAACCUUUGCUCCAUGUACGAGCUUGUCAACACUCCCCAGGCUGCAGUAGAAAGACGGAAAGACGUUUUGCGGAGCGUGGUCAGAUACGAAGGGGAUGCAUUCCCAUUGGCUUCGAUUCUUCGAUACCGCGUGAUUUAUCGAAUCCUACGAAAUCGAGAGAUUUUUCAUGUUUUCAGCAUGGAAGACGCUACACCAUUGAUGUAUGGACUGGAAUGCACCGCUAGAUGCGUUGCUUGCCAGAUUGCAGACACAGAAGUUGUACGAUUUUUCGUUGGUACUCAAAGUCCAGCUUCUCGGGCACCUGGAUACCCAAAUAAAAAUCAAAUUCACCUCGUUGAAGUUGACGAUGAAUUUACGCAGCUUGAAAAGCAAGUAUUUUUACAUCCCGCUGGAGAAGUGUGGGACAUCUGCGCCUCACCGAAUGAUGCUGAUCUUUUCAUGACAUUCCACUCCAUUGUGAACGAAACCCUGGACUCCCGGGAAAACGGCGUGACCGUUUGGAAGCUGCCUGAGGUUUCGAAUUGUAGUUUAUCUCCUCGGGAUGAAACGGGGCCUGUGCCACUUAAUUUGGAAGAAAGAUGUUCAAUUUCAACAGAUAUCACUGAGAACUCAAUCAAGAGUUGCGCUUGGGACCCGGCAAGUGGUGAUAGAAUUUUAACAGCAUCCGAUAACAAAUUCACUGUUUGGAGCCUCGGAAUGGGUUCUGUCGAAGAACAAAUUGAAGUAGAUACUGGUGCCUGGAAAGAAAAGUCUUCGAGCCUCGGUGAAGGAUUGACUUGUUGCAAAUGGGGUCCUCAUCAAAAUGCGUCAAUAAUAGCUUUUGGUAUCGAAAAUUGCUUGCAAGUUUGGGACUUGCGUUCCAAAAAACUGGGUUAUUCCAUCGAGAAACCCCAUGAAGUUUGCUUACGGAACCUGGAUUUUAAUCCGAACAAGCCAUAUUUUCUCGUCACUUGCGGUGAUGAUGCGAAGGUGCACUUCUGGGAUAUUAGAUCAUCGCACAUGCCGUUGUUUACCAUGUCGGAUCACACCCACUGGGUAUGGAGUGUGAAGUACAAUCCUUUUCACGAUCAACUCGUUCUUAGCGGGUCCAGUGAUGGAAGAAUCAUUCUAACGUCAGCUACCUCAGUUUCUUCCGAACCACUCAGUCAACUUGGCGCCGAUACGUCCGAUCUUGGAAAUGAGCUUGCUGAAAAAUCAACUGAAAAGAUACCUGCUGUUGAUGGUGCUGUGAUGAAAUACGAAGAUCACGAAGAUUCGGUCUAUGCUGUAGAAUGGUCAGUCGCGGAUCCCUGGACCUUUGCCUCAGUCAGUUACGAUGGUCGGUUGAUUCUCAAUCGAGUUCCACGAUGUUUCGCUGAAAUCGUUGAACCCGCCGACUAUAAGAGAUAUGAGUAUGAUGUGCCUCCACCCGAACAUUCCCCGCGGGUCAACCAUUUGUGGGACAAGUAUUCAUCGGCGAAGCGGUUGUGCCAAUCAAAAAAACUCCCCAUGGAUCUGGACCCGACGAUGGUAUUCGCUUCGAACGGACUGGACCUGGGUCAGAUUUCGGUCUACGGUUUCGACUACGACUUCACAUUGGCACGAUACAAACGCACAAUGAACGAGCUUAUUUACAAAUUAGCUCGAAAGGUUUUGGUAGAGAAACUCAAAUAUCCGAAAGAGAUCAAUGAUUUCGAAUACGAUGACGACUUCGCUAUUCGCGGGUUACAUUACGACACUGUUAACGGAAUCCUCCUCAAGGUUGAUCAGUUUCAAAAAAUACAGGUUUCCUCUGUCUACCGUGGUAUGAAGCAACUGACCGAAGACGAGGUCAAAAAAAUAUACGGGGUCAAUCUCAGCAUUCCUGCAUAUAUGCUGAGGGGUGGUUUCACUGGGGAAUCAAGCAUCGGGUACAAGCCCUGGAAAGCUGCCAAUAUGGUCCAAUUGGCGGACGCCUUUGCGAAAUCGCAGAUGUGCUUACUGAGUCAAAUCAAACAUUUGAUGUUGGUUCGAAAUAUGACGUUUCAUCCAAAAAUGCUAUUCGAUGAUGUAAACAAAGCCGUUCAGGGUGUUCAUGCGGAAAUGCACCAUGUUGUUGGAGGAGAAACUGAAAAAUAUAUUGACUCAUCUUCGCCGCUCCGUGAUUUCCUUUUAUGGCUAAGAAAAUCAGGGAAGGAAACGUUCCUGUUGACUAACUCACCUUUCGAUUUUGUUAAUCGUGGAAUGAGUUUCCUCGUGGGCAGAGACUGGAGAGAACUAUUUGACGUGACGGUUUUCUCAGCAUCCAAGCCAUUGUUCUUCCUGACUACAACAAGGCCAUUCCGGUUCUUUGAUCCGAGUACUGGAACCGUAAGCUGGGAUCGAGUCGGCCAGCUUCGGAAAAAUCAAAUUUACACUGAAGGGAACUGCGCAGCUUUGCAAGAGUUGACUGGCUGGAAUGGCACGAACACUCUUUACUUCGGCGAUCAUCCUUAUUCUGAUUUGGCGGAUUUGAGUUUGCAGAAUCUGUGGAACACGGCAGCAGUAGUGCAGGAAUUGUCGGACGAAAUUAAAAUCUUCAACGACGUGAAAUUCAAGGAGACUUUCAAUUGGUUGCUUGUUCUUGCUCAAUUCAUCGACGAAACUCAAGACGAGUGCUUCAAAUUCGGGUCAGAAGGCUGCUCGGUGUUGCAAGAAUGGAAAGCUGAAGAGAGAAAACUGAGUUAUGCUCUAGGAAUGGGGGCCAGUGCCUCAAGAGUAGAACAAGAGGACUUGAUAGGAUCUAAGUUUCCUGAUCCACAUCGACGGAAAUCUGUCCGUAAAUUUUGCUCCGAUGACUUGAAACAGUACCAGAAAGGUUACCCGGGAUUCCGGGACCAUCCAGACUUGUGGGACAAUUACCGCUUUUAUACGAAUCAGUUGGGAAUGAGACCUAAUGACUUGACCAUCGAUGAAAUUUUGAACAAGUUUUCCGGGGACGACGAAUUUCUCAGCAGGAAUCAUGGCUUGAUUCAGUGGCUUUUCCCGAUUCGGGAGCACGGAAUGAAUCUUCAAGCCCAGCCUUUGCAGCUUCACGAAGCUCAAGCCAUUAGUAUGCAUCCAGUGGCCAAAGAUAGGGUGGUAUCUUCGUACGCCAUGAUGUUGCAGCAUUUCGGAAUAGAUUUGUUGGAUCGUGAAACGGGACAAGUUGGCAGGGCCUCAAAUUUCAUCGAACGAUGUUACUUAUUUUCUACGAAAGAGGAGAACCACAACCUGUUGAAGAUAUCGAGAAUGCUUAAAUCUCUCGGAGAACUUAAUUUGGAACACUUGAAGGAGCCCUGGGUGCGCUUCUUGAUGAAAGAAAUUCUCGAAGAGAAUGCGUAUGGGCCCCUAGUCUGUCUCCAAAUACUCGUCGAAGGCAAAGUGAGACACAAUCUGGAUUCUUUCAACGAUUGGGAAGCUUACGAAGUUCACUUCGGGGAACUGUUGGACGAAGAAGUUUUCGCUCUAGCGUUUCGCAACCGGGAAGAAUUGAAGCUGAACUUCUGGAUGCGGAACGUGGAGCAGGAAACCAAAAGAAUGCUUGAACGAAAUAAGGAAUCAAGCAAAACAAAUGACACAUUGACGGACGUAGUUGACUCCUCGCAGGACGAAAUACUGAACAAUUCUCACCUGAACGCCGCGGAUGUUGGCUCAGACAAAUCGGAUUCAUUUUGCAUACAGCCGGACGUUGUGCGGAGUACAUCACCUGAAGAGAACCCCAUUCCCGUGUAAUCUGGAUGUGCCUCUGAGGUAGUCGCGUGCCGGGUUUUCCAAAUGAUUUUUUGCCGACUAUUUGUUUUGGAUGAGUAGGGCUUUCUAGCUGCAUUUUGGAAAAUUUUGUUUUCUCUGCUUCGAUUCCCACCUGAUCCCCUGGAUGUGGUAAUUUAUCUUUGCGCGUGAACUUCUUCGUAAUGAUAACACUGCUUUUGUUGAAGUCUUAUGAGCAUUCUCGCGAGGCUGAAGUCCUCUAUUCAAAUGACCAAUUUUGCUGCACUUUCCAAAGCUGAGCAAUCUAAAUCGAAAAACAGAAUUGGUGCAAAAUCCGUGAAGAAUGCUCCGAACUUCGGAAAUGGGGGUUACCUUGGACAGAAAAUGUCAAAUAUCAGCGACGCCGAUCUUCCUUAUAUUCUCUUUCCGUACGGAUUUUGGUAUGCCUUUUUGUGAGAACAGUUUUUUUUUAAAUUGUCAAUGACGAUGUCAUUCGCAAACAUGUACUCCUAAAACCUAUUUAAUUUAGCCAGCACUUAUUUUAAAAUGGAGAAUUCGUCCGCGCGACUCAGAAAGUGAUUGAAUGCCGGGGUACUUGCUCUAAUCUAUAAUGUCCAGCGAGACAAAACUAUCCAAUUUACAUAGUUCUGAAACUGUUCUCUGGGGCAAUUUUUGAUUGCUAAAAUAAGAUUUUACAGCCCUUGUUUGCAGGUCAUUAUAUCUCUGUACUUGUGCGCCACACCAAAUAUGAAGGAUUAAAGACCAAAAUAAGAAUAAUAAGGUUUGAAGGGAAAGUGGGAAACCUACUAAUUUUUUUGACGAUAAACUCUUACUGUUUCAAGGAGUCAAGAGUAACACAUUUUGAAAUUGAUUAUUAUUGUUUUACUGAGUCGUGUAAAUGUGUUGAUUAUCAUUUUUUUUGCUGAUCUCAAAUAAUGUCGAGAGCAUGCGUGUGAGACUGUAAUGCUACCUACACUUGGAUAUUCCAACGAGUGGAAAUCCCCCGAUUUUCAAGGCGCUAAAAAAUUUUUCUUUACUUAAUCGCCUAAAUGCGGUAAAAUGGCAAAUCUUAUUUUUGAAUUGACUUGAAUGCCUGCUCUUUUGCGGUAAAUUACGUUAGAAACUUUCUCAUCUUGGUUCGAGAGCACGCUCGAGUAUCCUGAGCGUGAGGAAUAGGUUUCACCUACAGAUUAGUUCCCGAACUGUGAAAACUGCCCUCGAAAAACUCAAGCAUGGCUUAUAUCAAAAUGAUCUCUUAUGCGCUCGCUGGAGUUGCUCAAACUGGGUCUUUGAGUGGCAUCACUCAAUGGUGCAAAUCUGUUUUCGUUUGCUUGUGUGCCUCCCAGUGCGAUACGAAGCUAGUGUGCGUUGUACAUGACCAACAUCGGAAGCAUGUUAGCUACGAUUGUGACUUGGUUUUGGGGAAAUUUAUAAUUUCGUUAAAAUUCGCUAGUAAUGUACGCAGAGUUAUUCAAAAGUUUGCGGUUGCCUCGUGAGUGCUGGUCUUUAUUUUAGCGUAUAUUUUAAAUAAACCUUUAGUCUUGCUGAUAAAAGCGGCCUCGCUUUCGUCAAAAAAUGUUCAUUCUUUAAACAUUAAUUGCAUUUUCUUGAAAUAUUUUUCUUUCAUUAUUGCAUUAUAAAUGAAUAACUGAGAAUUGAGCAUCAUCAUCUGUGUUGAUCCAGUCAAAAGAAAAACGCGACUGCGAACGUUUGCUUAAUCUCUCGUAUUUUAUGCUUUUUGUGGUUUUUCGGAGCAAUGGAAAAAAUCAGUGCAUUUUUACUGAAGCAAUAAUUAUUUUUGAUCGACGAAUCUUCCAAACGAAAUCAAAGAAGUGUCUUGAAAGCGCGGUUCUAAUCCGGAAACGGAUGAAAUCCUCGUUAGCUUUGAAACUUUCUUCCGUUUAACGAAAUUUUUUUACACUUCAAUGCUUUUUCGCGAAACCGUAUUUGCAGGAUCCCGGAAGUUGUGGCAUAUUUUCUCUUGAUGAAACAAAACUUUUCCGUCCGUUGACGAAUUUGCUCUUUCACACGAGCGAAAUUUAAAUCCGUCGCCGAAAAAAAAGUUACUGUGAUUUGCAAUAUCUUUUUAAAAGUACGAAAUCAAGACAUCAGACGCAGUGAGCCGAACUUGCCAUAAUUCACAUGGAUGAGUUCAGCGGUUCACCAUCAUUCUGGAACCGAUCAAAAUACGCAACAGAAAGCUAUAAUCUUCUGCGAACUGCGAUAUUGAAAGCGAUACUUGAUAGUAUUUUCUGGUGCGUUCCCUAACCAUACUGCCAUGGGCUGAUUUUGGGAUAUAAUUAGCAAUGAGUGUAUUUUCAUGUAUUCGAUGGAGGAUUUGGUAAACCUGGUGUCCGUGGAUGACUGUGGGAUGCGGUUUAUAUUUUGUUGUAUGUCGUGCCGCCAAGCACUCACUGAACGCUCGUUUUUUUUUUUUUUUUUAAAUCUCGUUCCACUGUGUUGCUUAAUCGUCGUGAAAUUUUAUGGCUGCCUGGUUCAA